UCUUCCUGGGCCCGGUCCUCGGUCCGCUGGGCUCGCACUGCGCGCAGCGCCGGCUGCCAAAUAGCUGCAGGUGUAGGGCGAGGGGCAGCGUUCACGGCAAUCGAGGGAAGAGGUGGGAGCCUCCCAGGGCGCGUGUGCGGAGUGGGCGUCUUCGCCCACCUGGGGCUGGGCAGGGCGCGCGCCUGGAGCCGGCCAGCCCCGCGUCCCUUCGGCCGUGCCCGAUGGCAGCCCCGGAGGCACGAGGCUUCCGGGAAGUCCCCACCGCUGCCCUAACCCCGGGCGCCGGCCUGGAGUCGGAAGGCUUGGUGGACCUGGAGGAGGAGGAAGAGGAGGAGGAGGCGGCAGCGGCCCGGAGAGCGCGGAGUUUCGUCCAGGACGCGCGGGUGCGCUUGCUUGGCGGCCGCCUGGAGCAGAUGCUGGGGCUCCCGGCGGACAAAUGGAGCCAGCAUUUGGAAAGCGAGGACCACCGGCAGGUCCUGGGGGAGUUUCUGGAGGGCCCCAGUCCCGCCCGCCUUGUGUUCAGCAUAGCCGCCGGGCGGCUCUCGGCCUCCCGGGAGAUUCCAAGAGAUGCAAAACAUAAACUUGUCUAUGUUGUCAAGAAGAUUACUGAAAGCAUUGGAGUAAAUAGUUUCUCUCAAGUGGUUUUAUUUGGGGCAUUACCUGCCUCAGCUCUUGGACAUGUAACUGCUUUCCUAGAUGAGAUUUUAGUGCCAAUUCUUUCUAAUAGGAACAACCAUAAGUCCUGGUCCUGUUUUAUUUCACAAGACAUGGAACGUCACAUAGAAGUCAUGAAAAACAAAAUGCAUAUUUUUAGGGGAAAAAUGGUGAGAAGAACUCUUUUACCAGUUCCCACUAUUGCAGGAGAAAUUGACCGGGAUCAAAAAUAUUCAGAGACCAAGCCACCGCUAAAUGAAAGGACAAUACUCCAUUCAAUUGAAUCAGUAAUUAUUAAAUGGUCACAGCAAAUCCAAGAAAUUAUAGAAAACAAUUCAGUGCAGCCUUUGUUAAAUGGUCUUCACUCAAAUCCUCAAACUGAACUGGAUUUCUGGACGAUGAGGAGAGAGGACCUAUCAUGCAUUAAUGAUCAACUUCAAGCUCCUGUUGUCCUCAAAAUGGUUAAGAUCCUGAAAACUAAACAGAGCAGCUAUUUUCCAACUUUGAAGGAUAUUUUCCUGGCUGUGAAAAAUGCUCUCCUCGAAGCCCGAGAUGUGGAACUUUACCUGAGACCCUUGAGGAGACACAUUCAGUGUCUCCAGGAGAUGGAAUUCCCACAGACCCGUGUAUUAAUUGCCCCAUUAUUUCAUACCGUCUGUCUGAUCUGGAGUCAUUCCAAGUUUUAUAAUACCCCUGCUCGGGUUAUAGUUUUAUUGCAAGAGUUUUGUAAUCUCUUCGUCGACCAGGCAAUAGCUUACCUUUCACCUGAAGACAUUUUGAAGGGAGAAAUUGAAGACUCUCUGGAAAAGGUGCAGGUGGCCAUUAGCAUCUUGAAGACUUUCAAAAAUUCUUUCUUCAAGUAUAGAAAAAGAUUGGCAAGCUAUUUUAUGGGAAGUAAGGAACUGAAGCCAUGGGAUUUCCAGUCUCAUCUGGUGUUUUGUAGAUUUGACAAAUUUCUGGACCGCUUUAUGAAAAUUGAGGAUAUAUUUGUCACCAUAUUGGAAUUUGAAAAACUGGAAAGGCUUGAAUUUGGCGGUUCCAAGGGAGCAAUUUUAAAUGGACAAAUCCAGGAGAUGAGUGAACAAUUUAUGGAACUCUGUCAAGUUUUUAAGCAGAGCACGUAUGACCCAUCUGAUUAUAAUAAUAUGGAAUUUGAAAGUGAUUAUGUUAUGUUUAAGUCCAAAAUUUUGGAUUUUGACAGAAGGCUUGGGACAAUUCUUUGUGAAGGUUUCUUUAACUGCCAUGGUCUAGAAGCUGCAUUUAAGCUUUUGACCAUAUCUGGGAAUUUUCUGGAGAAACCAGUUGUCAUGGAAAUGUUCAGCCCACAUUAUAGCACACUAGUGCACAUGUUUAAUGCAGACUUGGAUAUGUGUCAACACUUAUAUAAUGAACACAUGAAACAGAUUGAACAUGGAAAUGUAGUUGUUAACAAGAAUAUGCCAUUUACCUCAGGAAAUAUUAAAUGGGCUAAAGAGAUCCUUGAACGACUUCAAACAUUUUGGUCAAACUUUGCAUCUCUACAGUAUCUAUUCUUGGAAAGUCCUGAUGAUGCUUUAGUUUAUCAGAAGUAUAUUGAAAUGACAACUUUGCUAGACCAAUUUGAAAAUCGUAUCUAUAAUGAAUGGAAAAGUAACGUGGAUGAAAUCUGUGAAUUCAAUUUGAAUCAACCUUUGGUUAAGUUCAAUGCCAUAAAUGGUCUUCUCAGUGUCAACUUUGAUCCAAAGCUAGUGGCUGUAUUGAGAGAAGUGAAAUACCUUUUGAUGUUAAAGAAAUCAGAUGUGCCAGAUUCAGCCUUAGCCAUUUUCAAAAAAAGAAACACUAUUUUAAAGUACAACAGAAAUCUUGAACUUCUUGUGCAAGGAUAUAAUAAGCUGAAGCAGACUCUUCUGGAAGUUGAAUACCCUCUGGUUAAAGAUGAGCUGAGAGCCAUGGAUGAGCAGCUACAAGCAGCCGCAACAUCACUGACAUGGCAGGAUGACUGCUGGGGAUACAUCGAGAGGGUGAGGACAGCCACCUCUGAGUUGGAGCACAGAGUGGAGUGCACGCAGAGCAAUGUUAAAGUCAUCCAGCAAAUGAUGCAGGCCUGGGCUGAGUGUACGCUCCUUCCCAGGAGAGAGCACAGGAGGGAGACUGCCUUUACUCUGGAGGACAGGAGUGAUCUGUUCGCUAGAAAAUACAGGCUAAUUCAAGAAGAUGGCUACAAGAUACACAACUUGGUAGAGGAGAAUAGGAAGCUCUUCAGAGCCAGUCCUUCUCUGGAGACCUGGAAGAUUUAUGUAGAAUUCAUUGAUGACAUCGUGGUGGAAGGCUUUUUUCAGGCUAUAAUGCACGACUUAGACUUCUUCCUGAUGAAUACGGAGAAACAGUUGAAAUCUGCACCAUUUUUUCAAGUACAAAUGAUCUUAAUGCCCCCUGAGAUUGUGUUUAAACCUUCUUUAGAAAGAGAAGCUGGUGAUGGUUUCUAUGAUCUGGUGGAAGAAAUGCUCUGCAGUAGUUUUAGAAUGUCUGCCCAGAUGAAGCGAGUAGCAGCACAUCUGGAAAUUGCAAAUUAUCAGAAUGAUAUGGAUAACAUGUUAGGCCUGGUAGAGGUCAGGCAGGAGAUUAUGAAGAGAGUGGCAGAUGUCAUCAGCAAAGUCUUGGACUUCAGAAAUACCCUGGACGCACACUCUUAUUUCUGGGUGGAUGACCGAGCUGAGUUCAUGAAGCAUUUUCUCCUGUGUGGCCAUACUGUGUCCUCUGAGGAAACGGAUGCUCGUGUAAAUGAAGAUGCCCCUGAACAACCACCAACUCUUGAACAAUUCAAAGAACAGAUUGACACUUACGAGGCUUUAUACGUUCAAAUGAGCAAGUUUGAUGACUUCCGAGUGUUUGAUAGUUGGCUCAAGGUGGACAUGAAGCCUUUCAAACUGAGCUUGCUAAACAUUAUUAAGAAAUGGAGCUGGAUGUUUCAGGAGCACCUUUUGAGAUUUGUCAUUGACAGUCUGAGUGAGCUACAAGAAUUUAUAAAGGAGACCGAUGCCGGUCUUCAGAGAGAGUUAAAUGAAGGUGAUCAUGAUGGGUUAGUUGAAAUCAUGGGGCAUCUUCUGGCUGUAAGAAGCCGACAGAGAGCUACUGAUGAACUCUUUGAACCACUGAAAGAAACCAUCACACUCUUGGAAACCUAUGGCCAGAAGAUGCCUGAGCAAGUCUAUAUUCAGCUAGAGGAAUUACCUGAAAGAUGGGAAACUACCAAAAAGAUUGCAGUGACUGUCAGACAUGAAGUUUCCCCUCUCCAAAAUGCUGAAGUCACUCUUAUAAGAAAAAAAUGUAUUUUGUUUGACCGGAAGCAGGCCGAGUUCAGAGAGAGAUUCAGACUCUCUGCACCUUUUGGUUUUAAUGCAGAGAAUCCAUAUGCGGUACUUGAUAAGGCAAAUCAAGAGCUUGAGGCAUUAGAAGAAGAAAUGUUGCAUAUGCAAGAAUCUGCUCAUCUUUUUGAAGUGGCCCUUCCAGAGUACAAGCAAAUGAAGCUGUGUCGCAAAGAAAUAAAAUUGCUCAAGGGGCUCUGGGAUGUCAUUAUUUAUGUUAGAAGAAGUAUUGAUAAUUGGACUAAAACCCAGUGGAGACAGAUUAAUGUGGAACAGAUGGAUGCAGAACUCAGAAGGUUUGCCAAGGAAAUCUGGUCACUAGACAAGGAAGUCCGUGUCUGGGGCACUUAUGCAGGCCUGGAAGAUAUGGUGAAGGACAUGCUGACCUCUCUGAAAGCUGUCACGGAGUUACAGAGCCCUGCCCUCAGAGACCGGCACUGGCACCAGCUGAUGAAGGCCAUUGGGGUCAAAUUUUCAAUAAACAAAGCCACAACUUUGGCAGAUUUAUUAGCCUUGCGGUUACACCAAGUGGAAGAUGAUGUGCAAAGCAUUGUGGACAAAGCCAUGAAAGAACUGGGGACUGAAAAGGUUAUCAAUGAAAUCAGUCAGACCUGGGCCACCAUGGAGUUCUCUUAUGACGUUCAUUAUCGGACAGGCAUUCCAUUGCUAAAGUCUGAUGAGCAACUUUUUGAAAUUCUAGAGCACAACCAAGUUCAGCUGCAGACUCUGCUUCAGAGUAAGUAUGUGGAAUAUUUCAUUGAGCAAGUCUUAAGCUGGCAAAAUAAACUAAACAUAGCAGAUUCAGUCAUCUUUACUUGGAUGGAGGUCCAGCGAACUUGGUCUAACCUGGAAAGCAUCUUUGUUUGUUCAGAAGAUACUCGAAUCCAGCUUGUAAAAGAUGCUGGAAGAUUUCAUGGAGUAGAUGCGGAAUUUAAGGAGUUGAUGUUCAAGACAGCUACAAUAAAAAAUGUUUUAGAAGCCACAUGCAGAACUAAUCUCUAUGAGAAACUUAAAGAUUUACAGUACAGGCUUUCUCUUUGUGAAAAAGCUCUUGCUGAAUACCUGGAGACCAAGCGUGUGGCUUUUCCACGCUUCUAUUUCGUCUCUUCUGCAGACUUACUUGACAUUCUCUCAAAGGGAGCUCAACCUAAACAGGUGACACGUCACCUUGCCAAACUCUUCGAUAGCAUUGCGGAUCUGCAGUUCGAAGACAAUGAGGACAUUUCCAAUCACAGAGCAAUUGGAAUGUACAGCAAAGAAAAGGAAUAUGUCCCAUUCCAAACCAAGUGUGAAUGUGUAGGCCAUGUGGAAACGUGGCUUCUGCAACUUGAACAGACUAUGCAAGAAACAGUGCGACACUCUAUCACAGAAGCCAUCGUGGCCUACGAGGAAAAACCUAGGGAACUGUGGAUUUUUGAUUUCCCGGCUCAAGUUGCGCUAACCAGCUCUCAAAUCUGGUGGACUACAGAUGUAGGAAUAGCCUUCAGGAGACUGGAGGAAGGCUACGAAACGGCCCUAAAGGAUUUCUAUAAAAAACAGAUUUCUCAGUUGAAUACACUGAUUGUACUUUUGCUGGGAGAACUUCUACCUGGAGACAGGCAGAAGAUCAUGACAAUUUGUACCAUAGAUGUCCAUGCCAGAGAUGUGGUGGCAAAACUUAUUUCUCAGAAGGUUGUCAGUCCCCAAGCUUUUGCUUGGCUGUCUCAACUUCGUCACCAGUGGGAGGACACCCAGAAACACUGCUUCGUUAAUAUUUGUGAUGCCCAGUUCCAGUACUUCUAUGAAUAUUUAGGAAACAGUCCUCGACUAGUGAUCACUCCUCUAACUGACAGGUGUUACAUUACUUUAACUCAGUCACUUCAUCUAACCAUGAGUGGGGCUCCAGCAGGCCCAGCUGGCACAGGGAAAACAGAAACCACCAAAGAUCUUGGACGUGCCCUUGGCAUGAUGGUUUAUGUAUUUAACUGUUCAGAUCAAAUGGACUACAAAUCCAUAGGAGACAUCUAUAAGGGAUUGGUGCAGACAGGAGCUUGGGGCUGCUUUGAUGAGUUCAAUCGAAUUUCUGUGGAAGUUCUGUCAGUGGUGGCAGUACAAGUGAAAAUGAUACAUGAUGCCAUCAGGAACAGGAGGAGGAGAUUUGUAUUUCUUGGGGAAGCUAUCACACUGAAACCAUCAGUUGGAAUAUUUAUUACCAUGAACCCAGGAUAUGCUGGUCGAACUGAAUUACCGGAAAAUCUCAAGGCUCUCUUCAGACCCUGUGCCAUGGUGGCCCCUGACAUUGAGCUAAUCUGUGAAAUCAUGUUGGUAGCUGAAGGUUUUGUGGACGCACGCUCAUUAGCCCGAAAGUUCAUUACAUUGUACACACUCUGCAGGGAGCUCCUCUCCAAGCAGGAUCAUUAUGACUGGGGACUUCGUGCUAUUAAAUCUGUCUUGGUUGUGGCCGGCUCCCUGAAACGAGGAGAUAAAAAUAGACCUGAAGACCAGGUCCUCAUGAGAGCAUUAAGGGACUUCAAUAUGCCUAAAAUAGUGACUGAUGACAUCUCUGUGUUUCUGGGCCUGGUCAGUGACCUGUUUCCAGCCCUGGAUGUGCCCCGGAGGAGGACACCAUACUUUGAAGAGAUGGUCAGGCAGUCCACCCUGGAGCUCCGCCUGCAGCCCGAGGAGAGCUUCAUCCUCAAAGUUGUCCAGCUUGAGGAGCUGGUGGCUGUGCGGCACUCCGUCUUUGUGGUCGGAAGUGCAGGCACCGGGAAGAGUAAGAUUUUGAGAACACUGAACCGAACAUAUGUCAACAUGAAACAAAAACCUAUUUGGAAUGACUUAAACCCUAAAGCAGUGACAACAGAUGAACUCUUUGGAUUCAUACAUCAUGCUACCCGGGAAUGGAAAGAUGGUCUCUUCUCAUCUAUUCUGCGAGAACAAGCAAAUCUUAUGCACGAUGGACCAAAAUGGAUAGUCCUGGAUGGGGAUAUUGAUCCCAUGUGGAUUGAAUCACUAAAUACUGUCAUGGAUGAUAACAAGGUGCUGACCUUGGCCAGCAACGAGCGCAUAGCCCUCACUCCCUCAAUGCGGCUGCUCUUCGAAACUCAUCACUUAAGGACAGCAACCCCGGCUACUGUUUCUAGAGCUGGUAUUCUAUAUGUGAACCCCCAAGAUUUGGGCUGGAAUCCGUAUGUGGCCAGUUGGAUAGACAAAAGGCAACAUCAAUCAGAAAAGGCCAAUUUAACAAUUCUUUUUGAUAAAUAUGUUCCUGCAUGCUUGGAUAAGCUGAGAAUGAGCUUUAAAACUAUCACUGCAAUCCCAGAGAAUAGCCUGGUCCAGACUAUUUGUGCUCUUCUGGAAUGUUUACUGACUCCUGAAAAUGUGCCUUCUGACAGCCCAAAAGAAGUUUAUGAAGUCUAUUUUGUCUUUGCUUGUAUCUGGGCAUUUGGAGGCACUCUGCAACAAGAUCAGCUUUCUGUUCAUCAAGCUGAAUUCAGUCGGUGGUGGCAUAAAGAGAUGAAAUCAGUGAAGUUUCCAUCCCAGGGAACAAUCUUUGAUUAUUAUUUGGACCACAAAACUAAGAAAUUCUUGCCUUGGACUGAUAAAAUCCCCCAAUUUACUCUGGAUCCCAAUGUACCUCUGCAGAGAGUUCUGGUUCACACAUCAGAGACAACUCGUCUCAGCUAUUUUGUGCAGCUGUUGCUUGAGAAAGGACGACCAGUAUUGCUAGUCGGAAAUGCAGGGGUGGGAAAAACAGUCUUUGUAGGUGACAGGCUGGCAAGUCUCUCUGAGGAUUACACUGUGUCCCGUGUGCCUUUCAACUACUACAUGACAUCUGCAGCUCUGCAAAGAAUUCUUGAGAAACCUCUAGAGAAAAAAGCUGGUCAUAACUACGGUCCAAGAGGAAAUAAAAAAUUGGUUUAUUUUAUUGAUGACAUGAAUACACCUGAAGUGGACUUAUAUGGCACUGUUCAGCCCCACACUCUGAUUCGACAGCAUAUUGAUUAUGGACACUGGUAUGAUAGACAGAAGGUGAUGCUUAAAGAAAUCCACAACUGUCAGUAUAUUGCCUGCAUGAAUCUGAUGGUGGGCAAUUUCACAAUCAAUCCUAGACUACAGAGACAUUUCACAGUGUUUGCAUUCAACUUUCCAUCCUUGGAUGCGCUUAACACCAUCUAUAGCCAAAUCCUUAGUUGCCAUUUCCAGCAGCAAGCAUUCAGUGCAUCAGUUCUCAAGAGUGGCCCCUCUUUGAUACAGGCAACAAUCGCAUUCCAUCAGAUGAUGACACAUAACUUCUUACCCACAGCUAUUAAAUUCCACUACCUCUUUAAUCUGAGAGACAUGUCAAACAUCUUCCAGGGGAUAUUAUUUGCUUCUCCUGAAUGUUUAAAGGGUCCAAAUGACUUAAUACACCUGUGGCUUCACGAAUCUUCUCGUGUUUAUGGAGACAAACUGAUAGACACAAAGGAUUGUGAUUUGUUUCAGAAAAACAUGCUGGAGACUGCUUAUAAAUAUUUUGAAGGUGUAGACCGUCGUAUGCUGCUUCAACAGCCCCUCAUUUAUUGCCACUUUGCCAACGGUGGGGAAGACCCAAGUUACAUGCCAGUGAAGGACUGGGAGGUGCUGAAAUCAGUUCUUACACAAGCUUUAGACGACUACAAUGAACUAAAUGCUGCGAUGCACCUAGUUCUAUUUGAGGAUGCCAUGCAACAUGUGUGUCGCAUCAGCCGAAUCCUGUGGAGCCCUCAGGGUUAUGCCCUCUUGAUUGGAGUGGGCAGCAGUGGCAAGCAAAGCUUGUCCCGGCUGGCAGCUUAUAUUUGCAACCUUGAUGUCUCCCAGAUCACUCUCACUGAAGGCUUUGGGCUCCAAGAACUUCGGGAAGAUCUUGCCAAUUUGUACAUCAGAACUGGAGCCAAGAACAUGCCCACUGUGUUCCUGCUGACAGACGCCCAGGUUCUAGAUGAGAGCUUUCUUGUGCUGAUUAAUGACUUGCUGGCGUCAGGAGAAAUCCCAGAUCUGUUCAGUGAUGAAGAUGCAGACAAGAUAAUUUCUGGAAUUCGUAAUGAAGUUCGUGGACUGAACAUGGUGGACUCCAGAGAAAAUUGUUGGAGAUUCUUUCUGGCCAGAGUGCGACUGCACCUCAAAAUCAUUUUGUGUUUCUCUCCAGUUGGUCACACGCUGAGAGUUAGAGCUCGGAAGUUCCCAGCCAUAGUUAACUGCACCGCUAUUGACUGGUUUCAUGCGUGGCCGCAGGAGGCUCUGGUCUCAGUCAGCAGGAGGUUCAUUGAGGAAACCGAGGGGAUUGAGCCGCAGGACAAAGAUUCUGUUAGUCUUUUCAUGGCACACGCUCACACCAGUGUAAAUGAAAUGAGUACCAGGUAUUACCAGAAUGAGAGAAGACACAACUAUACCACCCCAAAGAGUUUUCUAGAACAAAUAUCAUUGUUUAAGAACCUGUUGAAGAAGAAACAGCAAGAAGUUUCCCAGAAGAAAGAGCACUUGGUGAAUGGCAUCCAAAAGCUAAAAACCACAGCUUCUCAGGUGGGAGAUCUAAAAGCCAGACUUGCCUCUCAAGAAGCUGAGUUACAACUGAGAAAUCACGAUGCCGAAGCUCUGAUCACAAAGAUCGGGCUUCAGACGGAGAAAGUGAGCCGGGAAAAGGCCAUCGCCGAUGCUGAGGAGCGAAAGGUGACGGCCAUUCAGACUGAAGUGUCCCAGAAACAGAGAGAGUGUGAGGCCGACUUACUCAAGGCUGAGCCCGUGCUGGUGGCUGCGACAGCUGCACUCAAUACGCUAAACAGGGUCAAUCUCACCGAACUGAAAGCCUUUCCCAGCCCUCCGAGCGCGGUCACCAAUGUGACUGCAGCCGUGAUGGUCCUUCUGGCACCCCGGGGCCGAGUGCCAAAGGACCGAAGCUGGAAAGCAGCUAAAGUCUUCAUGGGAAAGGUUGAUGAUUUUUUACAAGCAUUAAUUAACUAUGACAAAGAGCACAUUCCAGAGAACUGUCUAAAAGUGGUGAAUGAACAGUAUUUGAAAGACCCAGAGUUCAGUCCAAACCUGAUUAGGACCAAAUCUUUUGCAGCAGCUGGUCUUUGUGCCUGGGUCAUCAACAUCAUGAAAUUCUAUGAGGUCUACUGUGAUGUGGAGCCAAAACGCCAAGCGUUAGCCCAAACAAACUUAGAAUUGGCUGCAGCUACUGAAAAACUAGAAGCUCUCAGGAAAAAGUUGGAGGAUUUGGAUCGAAAUCUGAACCGACUCACAGCUUCAUUUGAAAAAGCAAUAGCUGAGAAAGUUCGAUGUCAAGAAGAGGUGAACCAAACCAACAAAACUAUUGAACUAGCUAACAGACUUGUCAAGGAGCUUGAGGUUUCCAUCCCAGUAACUGAAGGCCUGGAUUUGAUUGCCAUGUUGACAGAUGAUGCUACAGUUGCCACCUGGAAUAAUGAAGGAUUGCCCAGUGACAGGAUGUCCACCGAAAACGCCACUAUCCUCACACACUGUGAGCGCUGGCCCCUAAUGAUAGACCCUCAGCAUCAGGGAAUUAAGUGGAUUAAGAAUAAGUAUGGAACAGACCUGAAAGUCACACAUUUGGGCCAGAAAGGGUUUUUGAAUGCCAUUGAAACUGCUUUGGCCUUUGGAGAUGUCAUCUUAAUUGAAAAUCUGGAGGAAAAAAUAGAUCCAGUUCUUGAUCCAUUGCUUGGCAGGAACACAAUUAAAAAAGGGAAGUAUAUCAGGAUUGGAGAUAAAGAAUGUGAAUUUAACAAGAACUUUCGCCUUAUCCUUCACACAAAACUGGCAAAUCCUCACUACAGGCCAGAAUUGCAAGCUCAAACAACCCUCCUCAAUUUCACCGUCACGGAAGAUGGUCUAGAAGCCCAGCUGCUGGCAGAGGUGGUCAGUAUUGAGAGGCCAGAUUUGGAGAAAAUUAAGCUGGUCUUGACAAAGCACCAAAAUGACUUUAAGAUAGAGCUGAAGUAUUUGGAGGAUGACCUCCUUCUGCUCCUUUCUGCGGCAGAAGGGAGCUUUCUGGAUGACACCAAACUGGUAGAGAGACUGGAGAUGACAAAGGCAACGGCAGCAGAGAUAGAGCGCAAGGUAAUUGAAGCUAAAGAAAAUGAAAGAAAAAUCAAUGAGGCUCGAGAAUGUUACAGACCAGUGGCAGCAAGAGCAUCUCUUCUUUAUUUUGUUAUUAAUGACCUCAGAAAAAUCAACCCCAUCUAUCAAUUCUCUUUGAAGGCCUUCAACAUGCUGUUCCACAGAGCAAUCGAUCAGGCUGACAAGGUGGAGGACAUGCAGGGGCGCAUCUCCGUUCUGAUGGAGAGCAUCACGCACGCCAUAUUUCUCUACACCAGCCAGGCACUGUUUGAGAAGGACAAGCUCACCUUCCUGUCCCAGAUGGCCUUUCAGAUUUUGUUGAGAAAGAAAGAGAUAGACCCUCUUGAAUUGGAUUUCCUGCUUCGAUUCACAGUUGAACACACUCACCUGAGUCCUGUCGACUUCCUAACAACUCAGUCGUGGAGUGCCAUAAAGGCAAUAGCCCUUAUGGAAGAAUUCCGAGGCAUAGACCGAGAUGUGGAAGGAUCUGCCAAACAGUGGAGAAAGUGGGCAGAAUCUGAGUGUCCAGAAAAAGAGAAGUUACCACAAGAAUGGAAGAAGAAAAGUUUAAUACAGAAGCUGAUUAUUUUGAGAGCAGUGCGCCCUGACAGAAUGACAUAUGCUCUCUGGAAUUUUGUGGAGGAAAAAUUGGGUGCAAAGUAUGUGGAGAGGACCAGAUUGGAUUUAGCUAAAGCGUUUGAAGAAAGCAGCCCAGCCACCCCAAUAUUCUUCAUCCUGUCUCCAGGGGUAGAUGCCCUGAAAGACCUAGAGGUCCUUGGCAAAAAACUUGGGUUUACAAUUGACUCAGGAAAAUUCCACAAUGUAUCUUUAGGACAAGGUCAGGAGACAGUGGCAGAAAUGGCCCUGGAGAAAGCUUCCAAGGAAGGACACUGGGUCUUACUCCAAAAUGUCCAUUUGGUGGCCAGGUGGCUAGGAACCUUGGAGAAACUCCUUGAAAGAUUCAGCCAAGGAAGCCACAGAGAUUACAGGGUUUUCAUGAGUGCUGAGUCCGCACCUACACCAAAUGAACAUAUCAUCCCUCAAGGACUCCUGGAAAAUUCCAUUAAGAUUACUAAUGAACCCCCCACAGGAAUGCUGGCCAAUUUGCAUGCUGCCCUCUAUAACUUUGAUCAGGAUACACUUGAAGUGUGCUCCAAGGAGCAGGAGUUUAAAAGCAUCCUCUUUUCUCUGUGCUACUUCCACGCCUGUGUUGCCGGGAGACGGAGGUUUGGCCCCCAGGGCUGGAGCCGCAGCUAUCCCUUCAGUUCUGGAGACCUCACCAUUUGUGCCAAUGUCCUGUACAACUACUUAGAGGCAAGCGCUAACGUCCCCUGGGAAGACCUCCGUUAUCUCUUUGGUGAGAUCAUGUAUGGGGGCCACAUCACAGAUGACUGGGAUCGCAAACUAUGUCGAGCGUAUUUAGAAGAAUUCAUUAAUCCAUCUCUGAUUGAAGAUGAACUUAUGCUGGCACCAGGAUUUGCAGCCCCACCUAAUCUAGAUUAUUCAAGCUACCACCAGUACAUAGAGGAGACGCUUCCUCCAGAAAGCCCGGCACUGUACGGCCUCCACCCAAAUGCUGAAAUAGAGUUCCUGACGGUGACAUCCAACACUCUCUUCAGAGUGUUGCUGGAGAUGCAGCCUAGGAAUGCACUCAUGAGUGAGGAGCUGGGACAGUCCACAGAAGAAAAGGUUAAGAAUGUCUUGGAUGACAUUCUGGAGAGACUUCCAGAUGAGUUCAACAUAGCAGAGAUAAUGCAAAAAAACUCAAAUAGAAGCCCCUACGUUGUUGUCUGCUUCCAAGAAUGUGAGAGGAUGAAUAUUCUCCUUCGGGAAAUCCGUGUGUCACUUCAACAAUUAGACCUUGGUUUGAAGGGGGAGCUGAUGUUAUCUCCUGACAUGGAAGCCCAGCAGACCCUGUUGAGUUACGACACAGUACCAGACACGUGGAGUAAACUGGCUUAUCCAUCUACUUAUGGGCUGGCCCAGUGGUUUACUGACCUCCUCUUGCGAUGUCGAGAACUGGAUACCUGGACACAAGAUCUCACCCUUCCAGCUGUGGUGUGGCUUUCUGGCUUCUUCAACCCUCAGUCCUUCUUAACUGCAAUCAUGCAGACCAUGGCUCGAAAAAAUGAGUGGCCCCUGGAUAAAAUAUGCUUGACUGUUGACGUUACCAAAAAAACAAAGGAAGACUAUGGCCAUCCCCCAAGAGAAGGCGCAUAUCUGCAUGGGCUCCUCAUGGAAGGUGCCCGGUGGGACACACAAUCAGGAACCAUUGUUGAAGCCCACCUCAAGGAGCUAAGAUCCAUGAUGCCAGUCCUCUUUGCCAAAGCCAUACCCGUGGACAGACAGGAAACCAAACACACCUAUGCGUGCCCCGUGUACAAAACCAAAACAAGGGGCCCCAACUAUGUCUGGACCUUCAGGCUGAAGAGCAAAGAGAAGACGGCCAAAUGGGUUCUGGCAGGUGUGGCUCUGUUGCUAGAAGCAUAA